AUGACCAAGCUCCUGCGGAUUUCGGGCGCGGCUUUGGCCCUCAGCUCCACAGUCGCGGCCCACGGCUUCGUGCAAUACAUCACCUCCGCCUCCACCCAGUACCUCGGAUGGGACCCGGGCUUCCGGUACCAGGACCCGUUGCCCAGCAUCCCGGGCUGGUCCGCCGACAACCCCGACAUCGGCUUCGUGGAGCCGCAGAGCUUCGGCCACCCCGACAUCAUCUGCCACAAGUCGGCCGUUCCCGGCCAGGAGUACGUGCAGGUAGAAGCCGGCUCGACCAUCAGGCUGCACUGGUUCACCUGGCCCGAGAGCCACGUCGGCCCCAUCUUCGACUACCUGGCGCCCUGCUCCGCCAACGGCUGCGCCUCGGACGACAAGACCAGCCUGCGCUUCGUCAAGAUCGCCCAGGCCGGCCUCAAGCCCAACGUCACCUGGGAGACCAACUGGCUGGAGGCCUGGGUCGUCGACGACUUCAUCAAGAACGACUUCCUCUGGGACGUCGAGAUCCCCGCCGAGAUCGAGUCCGGCACCUACGUCUUGCGACAUGAGAUCAUUGCCCUGCACAGCGCCUGGGACGUCAACGGUGCCCAGGCGUACCCGCAGUGCAUCAACCUCAACGUCACCAACGGCGGAACUAGGAAGAUGACCGAGGGGACUUCCCCGACGACCUUCUAUGAUCCCGCCGAGCCGGGAAUGCACAUCAACGUCUACAGCGGGUUGACCGAGUACCCCUUCCCCGGGCCGGAGCUGUGGAACUGA